AUGUUCAGUCUCGCUCUCGGUGCCUUCCUAGCAACUUUGUCACUACUCGUCAACAGCGGAGUCCAUGCUGCUCCUACAACUUACUUGACUGAACGUGCCCCUUCGGGGUCCAAAAGAUAUGGAUACGUCCAAGUCUCGCCCACUCAAGAACACAUUACCGGUAACUCAUGGUGGACCGAUUACCAGUGUGUUUUCUUCUUCUUCUUCUUCUUCUUCUUCUUUCCGUUGGCUUUGCUUUGCAUGUUUGAAUUUGCGGCGGGCAUCGCACCAGCGGUCUCUUACACCAUCCGAUCGAAACGAGGCUCCCGUGCCCAAUUCGCAACGAUGGUGAGCGUGUGUAAUGGGGUGGGAGUGCAAGUGAUUGUGGAUGCUGUUGUGAACCACAUGGCUGGAAUCGAUUCGGGAUCGGGCGUUGCUGGUCAUUCGUUCACGCAUUACAAUUAUCCAGGGACGUAUGGUCUAACGGACUUCCAUUAUUGUGGAACGCCGAAUAAUGCUAUUGUGGACUGGAACAGCGAGUUCCAAAUUGAGACCUGCCAACUGGCCAACCUUGCUGAUCUCAACACUGAAUCGGAGAAAGUCCGUGCGAGGCUUGCCGCUCAUUUGAAUGAUCUCUUGUCACUCGGAGUUGGGGGUUUCCGUAUUGAUGCCGCAAAACACAUUGCACCUGCGUCCCUCUUGAACAUUUUGAGUCGACUUUCGAGGAAGGUGUAUGUUACGCAGGAGGUUGUCGAUACCAAUGGUGUUUAUAUGAAUAAGCAUAAGGAUGCGGGAGAUGUUCAGGUCUUCGGAUAUGCUUAUGCUCUCAAAGCCGCCUUUCUUGACUCGGGCAUUGCUGGGUUGAGCGAUCUCAACAGUCGAGGAUGGCCCGAUAGUAGACUGGCGAACGUUUUUGUGACCAAUCAUGAUACAGAGCGUGGAGGUUCUUCGUUGAGUUAUACUUCGGGGAAUAACGUAUAUACCCUUGCGCAUGUGUUCUCGCUUUCUUAUCCCUACGGCACACCUACGGUUCAUUCGGGUUAUGCCUUCAGCUACUCCGAUCAAGGUGCUCCGAAUGGGAAUCAUGGAACGUGUACCGCCAAUGGACCUUCUGGGGGCUGGGAAUGUCAGCAUCGCUGGGCGGUUAUUGUAAACAUGGUCAAGUUCAAUAACCAAGUCGGUUCCGCCGCGUUGAACAAUGUACAGAAGGGCAAUUCCCAGCAGCUUGCAUAUGGACGUGGUUCGGCGGGACAUGUGGCGAUUAAUAAUGCCGACUCUGCGUGGACUGUCACCCUCAGUACGAACUUGGCAAAUGGCAAGUAUUGCGAUGUUGUUAGAGGGUCUAAGGGUGGGAAUCGAUGCAAUGGCCCUUCAAUCACGGUAAAGAACAGAAGCUUCAAAGUCACAAUUCCUCCGAGACAGGCUAUGGCUAUUCAUGUCGGUGCUCAGCUUCUUUAG